UAAAAUUAUUAAUGGUUGUUAGCAGUGUAUUAGUGAUAAGGUGGGCCAACAAGCCAAAAGCCAAUAGAAAAAACUACUUCUAUUAACUUUUGGACUUUGGCAGAAAAUCCAGCUUAAAAGCCAACAAAAAAACUAACUAACAAACAUAUUUGAUAGCUAUUUGACCAAAUUAAAAAGCUAAAAGCCAAAAACAGGCAAAAAAUCAAUUCCAAUUUCCAAACACCCCCUUUGUUAUUGUAUAUUUUAAGUACUAGUAGAUUUUUCCGUUAAUAAAACUUUUCAAUAAUCCCAUCCCAAACCCCAGAAAAACCUCCCCUCCCAAAAAAAAAAAUUAACUUGAGAAAAACCUAAGUCCAUUAACACUCUGACUUCCAUUUUUAUACCUUCAUUUUUCUCUCUCUUUGUAACAAGGAUUGUUCUUUGACGAGGAAUUUUGUGAGCGAAUUUGAGUAUAUAUCCAGAUGAAUAGAUAUUGGCCUCUCUUUUCCAAAUUCAGACGGUUUCAUAAUAGAUACUGCAAUUCACAUAUCAGAUGGCGCAAUGACAUUGCUUCUUGUCAAGGAAGAAGCAGAGAGGAUGCGGCCUUUUGUCUGAGACAGUAUUCGAGUCUUGGAGUGAAUAUGGUUCGGGAAAGUAGUGAGGAUAUUCAUUCAGAUGGGAUGUAUGGAACUCCUGAAAAUCAUAAUGAUUUUUAUAAGUUAGGUGACUCCAGUCCCCGGGGUGGGAAUGUAAAUUACAGACAGAAUGUGGGACACUUUCAGCAUCUGUCUAGUCCAAUGAAUCAUUAUGUUACAAAUGAAUGGACGACUUCUCAAAAUAUUGGUCACCCUAUGACAGAGAAAAUUGAAGUAGGUUUACAACACCCUGGAUACUCCAAUGGUGGAGAAAAUGCAGCAUUUCAGCCAAUUAGUAACCACCAGACUAUGAGCAAUGGUCAGUAUCAGCAAAAUCCUAGUAACGUGUAUAUGGUGAAUGGAGUAGCAUCCCCUCCUGGUGGUUACCAGCAAGAACGUGUGGACACUAGAUCGAAUUUGAAUUCAUAUCAUCAAGUAAAUGCUGGUGGAUAUCAUAACACUCAUUUGGGACCUCAUCAGCAGAAGUUUAAUGGAUCACGCAAUCCUAACAUACUUCCUCAGCAACAAGUAAGUGCUACUCAUCAUGGACAAUUAUCAGCUGGAAAUGAUGAAUUGGAUGAGGAUAAUGAUGUUGAGGGUACACUUGAAGAGUUAGAUGUUUUUUGUGAAGAGUGGGAUCUUGAACAUGCUGUGAAAUCCAUGAGAAAGCUGAGCAAGAGGGGAGUUUUUAUAGACAUGCCUCGUUACUUGAUACUGAUAGAUGCAUGUGGGAAGGGCAAAGCUUUAAAAGAAGCACAAGAUGUUCAUCAGAAUAUUGUCAAAUAUACUUCUCCUGUUAAAGUUAGCGUUUUUAACAGGAUACUGGAGAUGUAUGGGAAAUGUGGUUCAAUGGAUGAUGCCUAUAAUACAUUUAAUAGUAUGCCUGAGCGUAAUUUAACUUCAUGGGACACCAUGAUUACUUGGUUUGCAAAAAAUGGUCUUGGAGAAGAUGCCAUUGAUAUGUUCACCAAGUUUAAGGAAGCAGGACUGAAACCAGAUGGUCAGAUGUUCCUUGGUAUAUUUGAUGCUUGUGGAGUUCUCGGAGAUGCAACCGAGGGAAUGCUUCAUUUUGAUUCGAUGACCAAGAUACACGGCAUUACUCCAACCAUGGUUCAUUAUGCUAGCAUAGUGCAUAUGUUCGGCAGUGCAGGUGAUCUAGAUGGAGCAUUAGAUUUCAUUGAGAAAAUGCCUGUUCAGCCUAAUGCAGUUAUCUGGGAAAGCUUAAUGAAUAUUGCCAGGGUCCAAGGAAAUAUAGAAAUAGGGGAUCAUUGUGCUCAAAUUGUGGAGCAGCUGGAUCCUGCUCGCUUGAGCAAGGAGUUGAAGGAUGGGCUUCUACCGGUUAAUGAUUCAGACACUCCAAAGAAGAAGGUGAAGAAGUAUAAUCCGUUGGCACAUACAAAGCAUGAAUACAGAGCGGGUGAUAGAACACAUCCAGAGAAUGACAAGAUUUAUAAAGUUCUAAGGGGAAUAAAAGAAUCGGUAAAAGAAGCUGGGUAUGUUGCAGAGACCAAAUUUGUUCUUCAUGACAUUGACCAGGAGAGCAAAGAGGAAGCAAUCAUGGCGCACAGUGAGAGACUUGCUUGCACCUAUGCACUACUUACGAACCCAGCUCGUAUGCCACUUCGUAUCAUCAAAAACCUUCGCGUCUGUGGUGAUUGCCACAAUUAUUUCAAGAUAAUUUCAAAACUUGUAGGUAGGGAGAUCAUUAUGAGAGAUGCUAAGAGAUUUCACCAUUUUAAAGAUGGAAAAUGUUCCUGCAAUGACUACUGGUGAAUGAUUUUACGACAGCAAAAGGUAACCCUGCAUCACCUUGUUCGUUAUAUAUUAUUGUAACAUUUCUCUUUUCAGAGUCGAUCUUGGUACUUAAAUUUAUGUGCCCAAGGUUGUAUUGCCCAGAUGCCAAUAGUAUAAUUCACAUUGGAGGUUUGAUAUUAUUUCAGCACAUUCAAAUUUCAAAGUGGGAUACGUAGGAAUUCUAGGAAGUGUAGGCAAGGAUCAAAACUGUGUUUACAUAUAGAAAAAUGCAAAUUGUAGUUUGGAAAAUGAAAUGCUAAAAUGGUUUCACUAUGUUUUCUAACUUCA